AUGGAGAAAGCGCGGCCGCUGUGGGCCAACCCGCUGCAGUUCGUGUUCGCCUGCAUCUCGUACGCCGUGGGCCUGGGCAACGUGUGGCGCUUCCCCUACCUGUGCCAGAUGUACGGCGGAGGGAGCUUCCUGGUGCCCUACCUCAUCAUGCUCGUUGUGGAGGGGAUGCCGCUCCUGUACCUGGAACUGGCGGUUGGACAGCGCAUGCGCCAGGGCAGCAUCGGCGCCUGGAGGACCAUCAGCCCCUACCUGAGCGGUGUUGGCGUCGCCAGCGUGGUGGUGUCCUUCUUCCUGUCCAUGUACUACAAUGUCAUCAACGCCUGGGCCUUCUGGUACCUCUUCCACUCCUUCCAGGACCCCCUGCCGUGGUCCGUCUGCCCACUGAACGCCAACCACACAGGCUACGACGCGGAGUGUGAGCAGGCCUCCUCCACCAAGUACUUCUGGUACCGGAAGACCCUCAACAUCUCGCCAUCCAUCCAGGACAGCGGCAGCCUGCAGUGGGAGCCCGCGCUCUGCCUCCUCCUGGCCUGGCUCGUAGUCUACCUGUGCAUCCUGCGGGGCACCGAGUCCACCGGCAAGGUGGUGUAUUUCACCGCGUCGAUGCCCUACUGUGUGCUCAUCAUCUACCUGAUCAGGGGCCUCACGCUCCACGGGGCCACCAACGGGCUGCUGUACAUGUUCACCCCCAAGCUGGAGCAGCUGGCCAACCCCAAGGCCUGGAUCAACGCAGCCACCCAGAUCUUCUUCUCGCUCGGCCUGGGGUUCGGCAGCCUGAUCGCCUUCGCCAGCUACAACGAGCCCUCCAACAACUGCCAGAAGCACGCCAUCAUCGUGUCCCUCAUCAACAGCUCCACCUCCAUAUUCGCCAGCGUCGUCACCUUCUCCAUCUACGGCUUCAAGGCCACCUUCAACUACGAGAGCUGCUUGAACAAGGUGAUUCUGCUGCUGACCAAUUCUUUCGACCUGGAAGAUGGCUUUUUGACAGCCAGCAACCUGGAGCAGGUGAAGGGCUACCUGGCGUCUACCUACCCCGACCAAUACAGCAAGGUGUUCCCACUGAUUAAAAACUGCAGCUUGGAGUCGGAGCUGGACACGGCCGUCCAGGGCACCGGCCUGGCUUUCAUCGUCUACACCGAGGCCAUAAAGAACAUGGAGGUGUCCCAGCUGUGGUCGGUGCUGUACUUCUUCAUGCUGCUGAUGCUGGGGAUCGGGAGCAUGCUGGGCAACACGGCCGCCAUCCUCACGCCCCUGACCGACAGCAAGGCCAUUUCCCGCCACCUGCCCAAGGAGGCCAUCUCCGGUCUGGUGUGCCUCCUCAACUGCGCUGUGGGCUUGGUGUUCACCUUGGAGGCCGGCAACUACUGGUUCGACAUCUUCAACGACUACGCGGCCACCCUGUCCCUGCUGCUCAUCGUGCUGGUGGAGACGAUCGCCGUGUGCUACGUGUACGGGCUGAGGAGAUUUGAAAGUGACCUUCAGGCCAUGACUGGCCGCACUCUGAGCUGGUACUGGAAGAUCAUGUGGGCUGGCGUGAGCCCGCUGCUCAUCAUCAGCCUCCUGCUCUUCUACCUGAGCGACUACAUCCUCACGGGGACCCUGCAGUACCAAGCGUGGGACGCCUCCCAGGGCCAGCUGGUGACCAAGGACUACCCCGCGUACGCGCUGGCCGUCAUCGGGCUGCUCGUGGCCUCCUCCACCAUGUGCAUCCCCCUGGUGGCCCUGGGGACUUACGUCUUGCGCCGCCUCGGGCGGGGAGACCCAGCGCCCGUGGCCUGAGGACCGGCUCCCGAGGCCGCCGCCCACUUUCACGCUAUUAGUUCCAGGUGGAGCCUCCGCGGCCGCUUUGCAAGUAUUUACGCCGGAAGCCCUGAGCGCGUCGUCUUCCGGCGGCGCCUAGAAAGACCUAGAAGGUGUGGAGGAGGAAGGCCCCUCGGGCACCGAGCGCCCCUCUGCCCUCUGCCCCGAGGGAGGCCGCGGCUGUCUCCCUGUCGCCACAGGGGCAGGUGUUCAGGGCCAGGCGCGAGGCCAGCGGCCUCCUUGAUUCUAGGAAAGGCCUAGAAUUAGCGCACACUGUGAGCUGACUUUUGACUACCAUUUUUAUGGAAUAAAAUUUAAGCCAUUUUUUUUUUCUAACGAGAUUCCAAAAUAUUAGAGGGGCCAUCGUUUGAGAGCGGGCUCUUUUAAGUGGCGGCGAGGGCCCGUGCAGCCCGAGUCCUCUCUGCAGAGCGAGGAUGCGUCCCGCUGCUCCUUCGCCCGCAGGGUGAGUGGCCGGAGGGAAGGCCUUUGCGACCCGGAGGGGGGGGGGGGGCGCUGUCCUCUCUGUGGAGUCGCUCACAGUAGGUCCAGCCCUGCCCCCCCACAGAAACUGCCCCAGUUGGCCGCCUUCGGGGGUUAUGUGCGGGGUCCGCGGAGCCCCGGCCAGGGAGGGAGUGCCAGCUUUCCCAUCGACUUCCUGCUACAUCGGGGCCCGGCGGGCGCCUCUCUGUAGGAAAGGCCAGGAGCAGUACUGACGGUCCAUUUAAAUUAUUUAUCUGUACAUACGUUUUCUAAAGUGUACAUACUCCAGCAGAGCGUCUUGUAACCGGAACCACUGUAUUUAUGAUAGAGCUUUCGUCCACCA